AUGUCAUUAUUUAAUAAUAUCAUUAAUGAGGACUUUCAAAUGAUAAUCAUUAACGUUCGCCGAAUAUGUUGCAGAAAGCUUAUAAUAUACUGCACGAGAGAGAAUAAUAAGGAUAUCACUUCUCAAGGUUCAUUUAUCCUUUUUAAUUUGUUGUUAGAAACGUCAAGUUUAGAGUUUACAGGAACUUGGUUAAACAAAUAUAUUUGUAUUUGUAUGCUUGGUGGCUCGGGUAACUGA